UCUUUGUAUCUGUGAACAUAUAAUACCUACCUAGCAACGAGAAAUAAACUUGCUGACGAUAACGACGAAAGAGCUACUCAAUGCAUUUCUGUAUUUACUUAUCACAUUAGGAACUUGAAGAAAAAGGUCAUGGAAAACUUCAAUCAUGUUGAGGAUUUUCUCAAGUUCACUACAGCUGCCAUGGUAUGCUAUCUGGCGAUGAUGUUGUGCGGUACAUCGAAACUCACAGACAAACUGACGCUCGAUGUGUCUCAUCUUGCAAGAAGCAUCGUUUCGACAGUUUGGUUGCAGGUGAGAUAUGACAUAAGCGGUUUAAACAUAUGCUAUGACAGUUGCAAAGGAAAAAUAUAACUCCAUUCUGCAAAUAAGGUGUUUGAACAUUUAAUAUCAUAUUUUCGCCACAAUUUGCUUAACAUUGAAGGUGUCAUUGUAGUCCCGUCAAAUAUUGUACCUAAAAUUCUUUGGCAAAAUUCAAUGUGUGCUUAUCCUACCCUGUUAACGUAAAUACUAGCAUUCACGUUGUAUAACGGAUACCAAUAUGCAUGCUCAGCUGCCAAAAGAAGACCUGGCAGAUGUCGUCGAGGGUCACAACGACAUCUGUUCUGAAACUGCCGAAAAUGCUGCAUCAGCAUAUGAGUACUGCACAUGCAUGGAAGGUACAUUACAUUUUGUCCCAUAGCCUUAAACAUAAUGUUUGCCACUUUCAGUCCCUUAAACAUUUUAAAUGGUAUUGCAAUCGGUUUGUAAACAUGGUGUGCGAAUGGCAUAUGAAUAAUUUGUUUGACACACCUAAAUUUCUAGGGCGGUGUUCUAUGUUUGCGUGUUUCAGAGCGAGACACUGCUAUGAUAGCAUGUGACAACAUGCUGUGCAAGAGUGGCAUGUGGUUUCACCUCGAUUGCAUGGGCAUAACUGAAUCCACAAUUCCUGACGGAGAGUGGUUCUGCUCAGAUGAAUGCCGCGCAUCGAAGAGUGAGAGCCCAUGCCUGAAUGAAGGCGAACUCGACCACGUUCUCGAAUAUAGCAAGUCUGUUUUAUGGCGAGGGCUCCUUGACCGAGCUCAAAGAGACGUAGUCCGAGAAGGUGACGGCGCUGCCCAGAUCAGCAUGUGGCGCAUCUCCAUGCCCGAGUUCUGGCUGAGGCGCCAUCACAAGUACCUCAUUCUUGGUCACCGCCUUCUAGCAGGUGUAGCAGGAUUCCUGCCAAAGCGCCUGGCCAUGGACACAAUGUGGAAUCGCACUAUUAAUCUGCACGGUGGCGCAGGCCACAACAUUCCCAUGGAUCGAGUUUGCGAAUUUCUUAACGACGAUUUCAAAGAAAUUCUAAAACACUCAAGGGGGAAGUACACGGACGCGCAGGUGCAGAGAUGUGGAAGGAUAGUGGGUCCCCUUGGGAACGCGCUGGAUGACAAAUUCAGCGAGGCAGUAGAGGAGGCAGCUGGUUAA